ACGUUGGUGUUAGUAAUUUUACUGGACGCCCCUUUAGGGGAAGUACUAGGUCCUACAACUGUACUAGAUUAGCAUGGGGUACUCCAUGCCACGUAUUUAGCAAAAUCUGGUUGGGUCAAGUCAUGAUGAAGCAAAUGGAUGUUGAAAAAGAAUUUAGGAUCGAUGAUAUCAUUUUUGGCCAAAGAAUUCUAGUAAUUUGUUUUUAAUAACCAUCUUGAAUGAACUCCUGCCUAUUCCAAAGUGUUCAUUUUGAAUUGAUGCUAAUGUGUUAGUAAAUUUUAAUGCAUUGUCUACGAAUAUGGUCGAUAAUCAUACCAAUAGUUAUGAUUAUUGUGAGACACAACUCAGGCCUUAGUUCCAAAAAUGUUUUAUUGGAUGGUGGUUAUAUUGGAUGUCUGUACCAAGAAGUGUGCCUGACUGGUGAGAUAUGUCAUAAUGAUUCGCUUUUUGGAAGGUGUGUUCCUGAAAAUGUUCAGCACGAGUUAUUUGAUGCUACCUAUUCACAAGUUCACAAAAUAAAAUCGCUUCCUUUGUUUAUUCGACCACAAAACUACAACUGGGCUGACACAACCCUUCAAUGUUUGUUAAGAACAAUGAUUCUAGAGUAUGAAUCUCAUUCAAUCUUUGUUGACCCCAAAUCGUUUUGUUUAUACCAGUAUGAUAUAGAGGAUGGUGAUAAUAUUGAUGGUCAAUUCCGUAGCCAGUAUGUAAAACGUGAUGUAAGGAAAAAUCGUGGAUAUCCAAAUUUUAUGCUUAGCAAUCCACUGAAAACUAUAGAACCUUAUUAUUUUCCUGAAAAUUCAUAUGAACUUAUGGAUAAUGACAAUAACUAUAAUCGGUGGAUUGAUAAUCCUAUUAAUAAAGGAAUAAAUGCAGAAAUGAAGAACAAUGAAGAAUUAGAUCAUUUCAGUAAAAAAUUUCAGAAAAUGCUACGUUUAUCUGGGAAUCAUCAAAGAAAUGAGAACAUAGAAUCUAACAGAGAACAAGAAUUAGCAAAUAAAGUGAUGGAUGAUUCAAAUAAAGACAAUGGUGAUAUGGCUGCCAAAUUAUAUCAAGAUGAUUAUCUACUCUCAGGCAAAUAUAUGCAAGAACCAUUACUUGGUGAAACGUUACCUUCUGAAUUCCAAACACAACAACAAGAAGAAAUGAUCAUACCAUCAAAAUCAGUCACUAGGUUACGUGCACAAAACAUGGGGUCUGGAUCAUAUAAACCAUUGGAACGUAGAUGGAUUUGGAUUAAAUUUUUAAGUGGACCAAUAACCAAUCAAGCAGCACAACUCAUUGUACUUAAAAUAUCACAUGAUUUAAAGCUGACAUCUCCAAUUUCAUUUUUUUUCCUUGAUAAAUCGAGACGUGUAUUAUACUUUCAUGUUCCAUCUAGUGCUGGAGUGUCCGCUGAUACUAUUGUUGAUGCUCUUAAUACAAAUAUGAAUUUAAUAGAUGGUUAUCCAAUUGAAGAUGUUGGGUUUGGCCGUGGAGCUGUGAAUACAGUAAAUACAUAUUCCAGUACAAAUGCUCCCACUGAAUCCCCCCAACCAUCGCCUCUGCAGCGUUCUGUCGACGAUGAAAGUUUGAAAAAUUUUGGUCAUGUAAAAUGGGAAAAAUAUACAAUGACAAUAAUUCUAUGUUCAAGCAUACUUACUGCAGUUGUUAUACUCACAGCAAUUUAUAUAGUUCAAAUAUGUCGAAAAAAGCGUAAAUCUAAAAGUGAAUCGAAUGAAAAAUUAUCAUGUCAAUUAGAUGAUUCACCUCAUUUAGAAUGUGAAAAGCUUGCACACAAUAAUAAUCUUUCUGGAUCUCAACAAAGUAGUGUUUCAUCAUGUUAACUGUUAUAAUGAGUAAUGAAACAAAAUGAAACACAUGAAAUACAGAGUGAUGAAUCGGCAAAAAAUUUCGAGUCUAAGAAUAGUCAAACUUCACGUAUACCUGUUGAAACUGAAUUGUUACUGUCUACAGAUACAAUGUGGGUUGUAAGACGUAUGAUCACUAAUAAUGAAUCUAAUACUCAUGCAUUACUACAAACAUCAACUAAUGAAAACUCAUUGGAAUCAUUUCAAAGCUCUGGGAAAGAUGCAUCAUUUUUAUACACAGAUGUUUUCAUGUUAAAUAAGUCAAGUGAACCAAUCCCAUGUAGUAUUGAUGUUCCAACUGGACAUAUAAUUUUAUCAUAUAUGGAAAAACAUUUACAAGAUAGAAAUCAACUAACAGAUGAUUGGAAUUCAAUCGAUAAGUAUGUGUCUGAAGAAAAUAUUUUGUAUGAAGAAAGUAAAAAUCCUAAAAAUCAGUUUAGGAAUCGAGAAUGUGCACCAAUUCCAUAUGAACAAUCUCGAGUCAAACUUCGAUCUGGUGAUAACGAUUACAUUAAUGGAAGUUUAAUGUAUGAUACUAAUCCAAGAAAUCCUGUUUACAUUGCUACAAUUACGCCAACAGUUAAGUCAGUUCCAGAAUUUUGGUUAAUGGUUUGGGAACAAGGAUGUGUUGUAAUCGUUUGCUUGGAACGUAUUGAUGAAUUAAAAAAAAUGGAUGAAAUUGACCAGUUUGAAUUGAACGAUGCUUCAGUGAAAUAUUGGCCUAAUGAAGGUAGUCAAGUUUAUGGUUCUUUUGAAGUACACCUGGUUUCGGAACACAGUUGGAGCGAUAAUUACAUUAUUCGUUCAUUUUAUCUUAAAAGCAUUGUAACAAAUGAAACACGUACUGUUACACAAUUCCAUUAUCUUACAUGGAAGGAUGAGAAUUUGAAAGAAAAUAGUAAGCCUAUGUUGGAAUUCAGACGGAAGGUCAAUCGUUCAUUCCGUGGAAUGAUGAGCCCUAUUGUGGUUCACUGCCGUGAUGGAUGCGGACGAACAGGUGCAUAUAUUUUAUUAGAUUUGGUCCUAAAUCGUAUCACUAAAGGUGUUAAAGAAAUUGACAUAGCUGCUUCACUGGAACAUCUAAGAGAUCAAAGGCCAGAUAUGAUUAAAACAUUGGAGCAGUAUGAGUUUGUUCUCUCAUCAACUGCUGAAGAAGUAGAUGCAAUGCUCCAACCAAGUACAUGAAAAAAUGACAAAGAACAUCUUUAAAAAAGUCAGGACAAAAAUUUACAGUAUCAUUUGAUGUUACAUUCAAAUUCAAUGAGGUACAUGUGAAAUUUGAGAAUAAACUGAAAUAUCGAAUCAUGC